UAUGAGCGCACCUUGCCACUUAAGGCACACGUGCCUUCCAGGAUUACAAAGGAAUACAUUUUUGAUCCAUUGUUUGCAAUUUAAUUUAUGUACAAGUGGAAAACGUGUGCUGAGAGUGCACUGGGAAUCAUUCCUAAAAAAUAAGUCAAUGGAAAGUCCCUGUUUGCUUUUCGGAGACAUUUACAUUUGAGGACUAUUGUUUUAAAACACUGAUAUUUGGAUGGCAAUUAAAUAUGUUUUUCCAUGACAUAGGAAGUCGUUCAGAUAGUUAUCACGGGACAAUGCAACUUUAUUUUCAUUGUCAUUAAUAAAAAAAAGUCUAAGGGAUCAGUUGAAGAAACACCUACCGGAUAAGUGCGAACCCAGGGACAAAUCCAUAAAAGAGCUUCAGUUGCAAUUAAUGGGCAAUAGACGGGCCAAGGGGAGAAACGGCGAGGAUCCUGUGAGGGAUUAUGUGGAUUCCGAUAUGGAGGCACCCAGACUCUUAACCUUGCUGCUGAUGCUGUUGGAGUGGACAAGACCAGGCCGAGCUUCCCCCCUGCGACCUAUCUGCGACCUGCGGGUCCUAAAACACUUCAUUGAGGAGGCCAAAGACGCUGAGGCAGCCAUGCUGACAUGUAAAGAAGGAUGUGGGCUCCCAGAGCCCGUCACUGUUCCCCAAACCAAAGUAGACUUCAAUGUCUGGGAGAGGAAAAAUGCACCGGAGCAAGCUAAGGAGGUGCAGUCGGGUCUGUGGCUGUUGAGCCAGGCCGUGGGCUCCCUACGAGGCUCCGUCACCGACGCGACGCUGCACAGCCACAUAGACAACAGCCUCCGAAACAUCUUCAGCAUCGGACAGGUGCUGCGCAGCCUCAACUUCCAGGUGUUUCUUCGGGCUCCCUGUCAGGAGUACCCCCCUCCAGGAGUGGGAGUGUCUGGAGCAGAGACAUGGAGGGUGUCGUCUGCGUCGGAGCUCCUCCAGGUCCAUGUCAACUUCCUGCGAGGAAAGGUGCACCUGUUGCUGUCCAACGCAGCCGUCUGCCAACAGGGUGGAAGCUGAUUGGGGCACUCCGAGGCUGGCCUACCCUAUUGGAGCUUCCCAUGCCAAGGGGCGGGAUUUGACACUAUUCACCUUGCCUAAUGCCAGGUAGAACUCUUUAGAGGAUAUUGUGUGGAUCAGACAAGAGUCCUCAAGGAGAGGAUGAAGUUCUAUGAACAAUUCUGAGGUGCAAUGAGUGCAUUUCUGUGGCCUCCUACUGCGUGGAUGUCUUUUUCAAACCAUGUUGAUUGCUGGUCAUGGGUGCAUUACUCUGCUCAAAUGCUGCUGAUGCCUGAUCUUACAAUACCUGGAUAGUAUUUUUACCUAAUAUAAGUAUUAUCUAACCACAUCAUAUUUUAUAGUAGCUUGUCACUUUUGCUGAGAGGGGAGUCAGUCCGCAGUGACUUGUCUCUCCAGUUUAACUGGACACAUUGGGUGACAGAAAACACACAAACUGGAAACGAAAAAGGCAGCAAAAGCAUGACCCUAGCCAAGAGUAACCGGGCAAAGGUUACAAGGGUCAAGAUUUGUUGGCGUGGUUUCAAAACCGCCUGACAAAGGACACGGUCUAGAGUGCAAACCCGUCUUGGAAGCCUUUCGCGGCUUGCUAAUUGUGGGUGACUAACCAGACAAGCACCAGCAGUGUACAGGACACAUUACCAUAAUAGCAUUCACUGUAAACGCCUGUCAGAUUAGACACCCCUUCCCUAAAGUAGCCGGUUAAAUUGAUGACAAAGUAGGUCAUUCAGCCUAGUCUUUCGUUUUAAGUGUAAUGAGUACGGGGGCUGUGGUAGGAAGGCUGUCCAACGGGCUGGAGCCCUCAUUGGCCACGGAAGGAGUGAUUGUAUAUUGUUUCCAGGGGGGUCCACGAUAAGAGCAUGCCACCUGUGCGUUUUACCAAAAUGGCCAACUGAAAGGGAACAGCAUGACUGCCUCUGAAAACCCAGGUUAGGGAAGUUUAGCACAAAUCACACUCUUCAAAUGCCACAGCUCCACCUCGUUCUUAACACACCACACUUUUACAACUGCUGUCUAUUAGUGUUUUAUACUGUUUUUGUAAUGACUUAUUUAUAGAGAUUUAUAUUUCUAAGUUGAAGCUCAUCUCACUGUCAUGGCUAUGGUUUUCUGGGAGAUCUACCAUAGCUAGGAGACAGACUACUGUGGCUGACCAUAAUCACUGUUUAACACCACUGAACAUGGUUGUAAAGAUAUUUGUACAUGUCAAUAUCCAAUUGUGCACUACUCUCUGUUGCCCUUAGAAAAAAAUUAUUGGCAUGUUUGUCUAUGUGUGUAUGAGACAGUAUCCGUGUGAAUGACCGUUUUUAUACAACUCCCAGAUAGAGGGGAUAGAGAGAAACAGAACCAGAUAUUCACCAGGGUUGAAUGAGGAAAAGAUUAAGCGGAAGGGGCUUACGUGAGAACUCUGAAGCUAUGUGCAGUGGUUAUCAGUGUCUGACUCACGCAGACCAGUGCUUAAAAGGGCUUUGACACCGAUAGCAAGACUGCCAGGAAAAAUAUUGAUUGGUUCUUAUGAGGAACAUCCUGAAUGCCUGUUUCUCUCUCCUCCAUUCAAACAUCAGCCAAUCAGCGCAAAUCCUGGGAACCUAGUCAAUGACGUUGAAGCUUCUUUCAAUUUUGGCAUUUGUUUUUGUUUGCCUGUGUUGUUUUGCUUCCCGUUUUAAUGUCUCGCAGUCACAGUGCCGAUGUUUUUUUCCUGUUUCAGUUGUUUGUCCCUUCUAUCACUGCGCAGUUUAGUAUUUAAAUACAAAAUAUUAUUC